UGGAAGAAUAACCCAUAUCCCCAAACUCAUUUCUCAGACAUAGUGAACUUCAUAGUAUAGGAGGAACCAAAAGAGAGGUAGAUAAGGAUGUGGCUUAGUUCUUUGUUAAGAAGCCCAACGAAAGAAGAACAACUGGUGCCAGACACCACUGGUACUACUGAAUUCCCCGAAAACAACGAUGUUCGUUUGGAGAAGGAGACUGAUAUUAUGGGUGAGUUCAAGGGGAUUGUGGGCAUUGAAGAUGAUGGAGAAAACUUUCAUUGGAACUUCAUGGAUUGGAAUGACUUUUCAAUUGCUGAAGAUCAGAAAGAAGAAGAAGGGGACAAGAAGGCUGAGAAUUCGAGCAUUCAUUUUCAAGAAGAGACCCAUUGUAACAUAAUUAAGAGAGAAAACCAUGGCUUUUGGGAUGAUGAUGAAAAGAGGCUGUCUUUGAAUUUGAGUUUGAACUAUCAAGAGGUCUUAGAGGCAUGGUCUAACCGCGGCUCGUUCAUGGCUGAUGAUUAUUCUCUUAUGACGGCACACCAUGGCUAUGAUUCAAACGAUGAAAGGCACACACGCCCUUUAGUACCAUGUGGUUGGUGCACUAGGCUGAUCGAGACUCGACUUUUCGAAUCUGGAACUUGCGCUCGGCCCGGUCUGUCAGCUCUUAGUGGUUAUAGGUCCGGUCGUGCCUGAUGGGAGAGGUGCCUGUGAUGGAAGAAGAGAGAACGAGAAGGGAAGCUAGUGUACUUAGGUACAAAGAGAAGCGUCAAUCUAGAUUGUUUUCUAAGAAGAUAAGGUAUCAAGUCCGCAAAUUCAAUGCAGAUAGAAGACCUAGACUCAAGGGUCGUUUUGUGAAGAGGGUUCCAGAGAAGGUAUUCAAAUGAGAAGUGGAGAAGUACGGGUGUUCAAAUUUCUGUCAACUCGAACCAUUCUGACUCGAUUCAACUCGAUUAUUCGGAUUCUGCAAAUUUUCGGCCGGUUUAUGGAACAAAUUGCAUUAUUUUACAAAUGAUUGGAUAGAAAUGCGAAAUACCCAUAAAAAUUCUGCAUUCCUAUCCGACCCGCACAUAUAUUUACAUUUUCUAAAAAAAAUAUUUAUUAUACAACAACGUCAUUUUAUUAGUCAUAUUUGUAUGGUUGUUUU